UGUGAGGCUCGGCGCGGUCCCGCGGGGCCUGGCGCUGUAGAGGGGCCUCUCGCUUCCUGGCCCCAGCUGGCUAUGGCCCUGUGUGCUUUUCGGAUCCCGGGUGGACCUCACCAUUCGCCGGCCUAGUCCCUUCCCGAGUCUAGGCCUCUGGAAUCCUGUCACAGUGGGGGCUGAGGCAGAGGGAGACUGACCCACCGAAAGUGGGGCCACAGGACAGGUCCCUGGGGUUGGGUCUGGGGCAGCCGCUGGGGCCAUCUUGGCAUCCUGCAUCCCUGGCUGCUAGGGCCAUUAGAUCCUCCGGCCCGUCCCUGGAGUGGGCGCUAGGUGGGGUUAUGGCCGCGGAGAUCUGCAGAGAAAACGGGAGCGAGCCUGUGACUGUGUCCCCUCAUGACCUCCAGGACUUUGGAACCGGUCGCUGUUAGCGACCGCGCAUGAAUCUUUAUCCAAGUGCUUGUAACGUUUCAUUUAUUUGCUACUGACUGUGACCCUGCCUGAGAGCGCUGAGGUGGAGUGGGCGCAGCCGUCGGGGUGUCAGCAGAUCCAGCAGAGGGAGCCCCAGGAGCUGGGCCUGUGGACAAGGACUGGGCCCAGGCUCUGCUCCAGGGUGUGCGGGAGGGGGAAGGAUAUGUGGAACCUGAAGAAGAGGUGCUGUCCCCUCCUGCUGGGCAGGGGUCAUCACUAAGCUGUGACUCAUCUGUCUGUGGUCAAGCCAGACUGCACUGUCUACCAUGGUGACCUCACCUGCCUGCCAUCCCAUCCCAGACAAAUCAGAGCUGUCUUGCAGGCCCUCUGGGGGCACAUGUCCUUGGACCUGGACCCUAACCCUAACCCUUGGACCUUGGCUAGAGGGCUGCAGUGGACUCCCAGUGGGAGGACUAGUGCCUGGGUUGGGCAGUGGCAGACCUUGGCUGGCUCUCCUAACUCUUUACUGAGCAGCCCUCAGCUGGCCCCAGACCCCUGAGCACCAGCACCCUUACCUAGCCCCCCCCCCCAGGCGGCCAGUUUUCCACCACCAAACCCAGACCAGUUUCCUGUAGGCUCACCCUGCUCCUCCAAGCUGCUGUUAGAAACCUCACCCCACCCACUCCCUGGAAGCCCAUCUGCUCUAGCCCCUCCCCUGGCCUUCCAAGCCACUGCCCAGCUGGGCACCCCUCCUCUUGCUGGGAGCCCCUGCAGCCCUCUAGCCAGUCUCUGGCUCCUGCUCUGACUCCAGUUCACUGCCACAGGGACCCUUCCAAAAUGUCCCUGUGAUGCUCUGCUCAGAACUCUGCAAGGGCUCCUACUUCAGUCCGUCAAUGUCCCAUCCUCACAUGGGCACAAGACCCCCCAAAACACACCUUGUUCAUUCUGCCUGAGCCCCUACCAUGAGCUCACACCUACCUCAGGACCUUUGCAUGUGUGUACAUCACUGGCGUGUCCUGUCACCUGGCAGGCCUUUGAUGUUACUCUGAGAGGUCCUCUCUCUUGACCCUUUGCCCCCUUUGCUCCCACUCCUGUCACAUCCCUUCCAACAAACAUCUGACAGCCUAUUAAAGAUCCACAUGGUUGUCUGAUGAUACCCAUCCCUCUUGAACCUGAGCCCUGUGGGAAUUCGUUUGGACUGAGGGUGUGGGGAGAUCCUCCACCUUCCUGACCUGCCCGUUCAGUUGCUUCUUGGGAGGAUGGGAGGAUGGUGAGGGUGCCAAAUGUGGGGCCCUUGCCUCCAGGAGGUGCCGAGAACCAGGUUCUGCCUGGCACUGUACCAGUCCUCUGCUCCAGGCCAGCCAUCCUCAGGACGCGCCCCCCCCCCAGUCCUGUUGUGUGGCUCCUGCCCGGCUUCCUGCCCCUCCACCCCAGGCUCCCAUUUCUGAAAGGCCUGGACACAUGAGGACACUGGUUGGUACCAGGCUGUGGGUGACUGACAGGCUUCCACAGUGUUGGUGUUCCAGAGGGACGGGCAUGGGCACCCUGGAGCCACGUUCAGCCUGGCACCUUAUCGUUUCCUCCCUGCCUGGGAGCGGCAGUGGUUCCAGCCCAGGGCUGCCAGAUGCAUGGCUGUCCCCAGCACCUCCUCUCCUUCAGCAAGGGGUCGGCCGGACAGGGCCUGAGCUACAACUUCACCCACCUGGACGGGUAUCUGGACCUCCUCCAAGAGAACCAGCUGCUCCCCGGCUUUGAGCUGAUGGGAAGCCCUUCAGGAUGCUUCAGUGACUUUGAGGACAAGCUGCAGGUGGUGAAGUGGAGGGACCUGGUCUCUCUCCUGGCCAGGAGAUACAUAGGUAGGUACGGACUAGCGCAGGUUUCUAAGUGGAACUUCGAGACAUGGAAUGAGCCAGACCACAAGGAUUUUGACAACGUGUCCAUGACCACUCAAGGCUUCCUGAACUACUAUGAUGCCUGCUCUGAGGGUCUGAGGGCUGCCAGCCCUGCCCUACGGCUGGGUGGCCCCGGCGACUCCUUCCACCCGCCCCCGCGGUCCCCGCUCUGCUGGAGCCUCCUGGGGCACUGUGCCAACGGCACCAACUUCUUCACUGGCGAGGUGGGCGUGCGUCUGGACUACAUCUCCCUGCAUAAGAAGGGCAACGGCAGCUCCAUUGGCAUCCUGGAGCAGGAGGUGGCCACCGUGCAGCAGAUCCAGCAGCUCUUCCCCACGUUCAAGGACACCCCCAUCUACAACGACGAGGCAGACCCGCUGGUGGGCUGGUCACAGCCACAGCCGUGGAGGGCCGACGUGACCUACGCAGCCAUGGUGGUGAAGGUCAUCGCCCAGCACCAGAACCUGCUGGUGGCCAACGCCAGCUCCCCAGUCCACUAUGCUCUCCUGAGCAAUGACAACGCCUUCCUGAGCUACCACCCGCACCCCUUCUCCCAGCGCACGCUGACUGCCCGCUUCCAGGUGAACAACACCCGCCCCCCCCACGUGCAGCUGCUGCGCAAGCCAGUUCUCACAGCCAUGGGGCUGCUGGCCCUGCUGGAUGGAGAGCAGCUCUGGGCAGAGGUGUCCCGACACAGGGUGGUGCUGGACAGCAACCACACAGUGGGCGUCCUGGCCAGUGCCCACCACCCUAAGGGCCCCACUGACGCCUGGCGUGCCACCAUGCUGGUCUAUGCAAGCGAUGACACCCGCACCCACCCCAACCGCAGCAUCCGCGUGACACUGCGCUUGUACGGGGUUCCUCCCCGCCCAGGGCUCCUCUACGUCACAUACCACGUGGACAACCGUCUCUGCAGCCCCCACAGCGAGUGGCAGCGCAUGGGCCGGCCCGUCUUCCCCUCCGCGGAGCAGUUCCGCCGCAUGCGCUUAGCUGAGGACCCUGUGGUUGCAGAGCCGCGCCCCUUCCCGGUCGGCAGCAGCCUGACGCUGCAUCCUGAGCUGGCGCUGCCUUCGCUCCUUCUGGUGCACGUGUGUGCGCGCCCCGAGAAGCCUCCUGGCCAGGUCACCCGCCUCCGUGUCCUGCCCUUGACCCGAGGGCAGCUGGCUCUGGUCUGGUCGGAUGAGCGCGUGGGCUCCAAGUGCCUGUGGACUUAUGAGAUCCAGUUCUCCCUGGAUGGUGAGGUGUACACCCCAGUCAGCAGGAGGCCAUCCACUUUUAACCUCUUUGUGUUCAGCCCAGAGACAGCUGUUGUUUCUGGCUCCUACCGCGUGCGAGCACUGGACUACUGGGCCCGGCCGGGCCCCUUCUCCGACCCCGUACCAUACCUGGAGGUCCCUGCCUCAUGAGGGACCCAUGAGCCUGGUGAACUGCUGGCUGGUCAUAGGGUGCCAGCUCCUUUUGUCUCCCACCUCACAGUUUAAAGAGCCUUUCUACCUCACA